UGAGCGGCGCACACACGGCGGAUGACAUCGCUGUAAAGACCGGCAACAGCGUAGCAAGUCAGGUCAGUCACCGUACUUCUUCAAUGAGGCCAUUUUUACUAGUCAGCUUCCUUCAAUAGUCACCAGUCAGUAGGUUAGUGAGAUCAUAUGAGGCGUUAGGGUCCAGCAUACAGUACAUCAUUCUCCAUCAUGGUUAGUUUGUUUGUUUUUUGUGUGUCAUUUACUAACUCGGUUAGAUGGUUAGUUUGUUCGUUCAUUUAUUCGUUAAGUUGGUUCAUAAGCGUAUUUGUUAGUGAGUGACUCGAUAAACGUGCUGUGCAACACAAUCAAAGGAGGUUAGCCACGCUAUUUUUUCAUCUGGUAGUUAGUUGCUAAGUACACGUUUGUCACUUCUUCUCGGACCUUCGCACGUUCUCCCUCCUCCUCCUCCUCCUCCUCGGGCUCCGUGCUCGCCACGCAGUCGACCGCGAUGCCUCCUCAGCUGGCGUCUCCGAAGCAGGACGGGCCUCGGGUGCUGCGGGGCGAGCUGAGCGCCCUGGGCCCGGCCGUCAGGGAGUUCGUGGAGGCCAACGUGAAGCUCUGUCGGCCGGACGCCCUCCACAUCUGCGACGGCUCCGACGAGGAGAACCGGACCGUCCUGGCCCAGCUGGAGGAGCGGGGCGUGAUCAAGAAGCUGCCCAAGUACCACAACUGCUGGCUGGCCAGGACGGACCCUCGGGACGUGGCCCGCGUGGAGAGCCGGACGGUGAUCGUGACCCGCGACCGGCGCGACGCGGCGCCAACCCCUCUGGAGGGCGGCGUCAGUCAGUUGGGUCGCUGGAUGUCACCCGAGGAACUGGACAAAGCGGUCGCUCGGCGCUUCCCGGGCUGUAUGAAGGGUCGCACGAUGUACGUGGUACCCUUCAGUAUGGGACCGAUCGGAUCGGCGCUGUCCAAGAUCGGCGUGGAGCUGACCGACUCGCCUUACGUGGUGGCCAGCAUGAGGGUGAUGACCCGGAUGGGGAAGGCGGUUCUGACCGCCCUCGGGACCGGCGACUUCGUCCGCUGUCUGCACUCCGUCGGCUGCCCGCUGCCACUUCAAAGGCCUCUGGUGAACAACUGGCCUUGUAACCCCGAGCAGACCCUGAUCGCCCAGAUCCCAGAACACCGGCAGAUCAUCUCUUUCGGGAGCAGCUACGGUGGAAAUUCCCUGCUCGGCAAGAAGUGCUUCGCCCUACGCAUCGCCUCACGUCUCGCCAAGGAAGAAGGCUGGCUGGCAGAGCACAUGCUGAUUCUGGGCAUCACCGACCCUUCGGGCCAGAAGAAGUACAUGGCGGCCGCGUUCCCCAGCGCCUGUGGGAAGACCAACCUGGCCAUGCUGAGCCCCACGCUGCCCGGCUGGAAGGUGGAGUGCGUGGGAGAUGACAUCGCCUGGAUGAAGUUUGACCACCGAGGUCACCUGCGAGCUAUCAAUCCAGAGAACGGGUUCUUCGGAGUUGCACCUGGCACCUCCGCCAAGACCAACCCCAACGCCAUGGCCACCAUUGCCAAGAACACCAUCUUCACCAACGUGGCAGAGACCAGCGACGGCGGCGUGCACUGGGAGGGCAUGGACGAGGCGUUGCCAGAGGGUGUCACCGUUACUUCAUGGAAGAACAAACCAUGGAGCCCGGAAGAUGGAGAACCUUGCGCCCACCCCAACUCCCGCUUCUGCGCUCCGGCCGAUCAGUGCCCCAUCAUCGACCCGCUGUGGGAAUCGCCUGAGGGGGUCCCCAUCGAGGCUAUCAUCUUUGGGGGACGCCGGCCUGAAGGCGUCCCGCUGGUCUUUGAGGCGUUCAGCUGGCAACACGGCGUCUUUGUUGGAGCUGCCGUGCGUUCGGAGGCUACUGCAGCAGCCGAACACAAAGGCAAGGAGAUCAUGCACGACCCAUUCGCCAUGCGUCCCUUCUUCGGCUACAACUUCGGCCACUACCUGUCGCACUGGUUGAGCAUGGCAGAGCGUCCCGGUGUCAAGCUGCCCAAGAUCUUCCACGUCAACUGGUUCCGCAAGAGCCCUUCGGCCGGUUUCCUUUGGCCCGGUUUUGGCGAAAACAUCCGUGUCCUGGACUGGAUGUUCCGCCGGCUGAACGGUGAGGCCGGAGCAUUGCCCUCUGCCGUGGGCUACCUGCCGUGCCAUGAUUCCUUAGAUCUGGAGGGCCUGAGGGAUCCCGUGGACCUGGACCAGCUCUUUGCUCUGGACCAGGAGUUCUGGCAGAAGGAGGCGGAAGAAGUCGGGAAGUACUUCGCCACGCAAGUCAACGAGGACCUUCCCGCCGAGGUGGCGAGGCAGCUGGAACUCCUUCGGCAGAGGGUCAACCAGAUGUGAAGUUUUUGAAAAAUGUGUUUUCUCGAGAAGAUUCUACACAUUCCCUUGGAUGGGAGGGGGGGGGGGGGGGGGGGUAUCUUCAAUUUGCAUGGUAAUCAUUUUUGGCUAACUGCGAGUAAUUCAAGGUGAUUUGUUUUUGAUUGGAAGUUGAGUGAAGAAAUGUAUAUUCAGUUAAAUCCCGGUUUAUGCCGGGGAUGCAUUCCGGACCGACCCACCAGAGGUGAAAAUCUGCAAUAUAAAGAGAGCGCAUAAAAAAAACAUUGUUUUCAUAGUUCUACAGGUUUUAGGACCCGAGCGUUGCUGCAAAUAGCAAAAAAAAAAAAAAACACUAAUGAACAAAAACUGUUUGUGAUUUUCUAGAUGAAUAGUUUCAACCAUAGAUAUAAAACAAACAAUGAUCCCCAACACUUUCAUAUCAUUUCAUAUUCAUCUUAAAACAUUACCCUUAAAAAUUCUGAAGAAAUGCGCCAGAAGAGCAUGUGUAGCAUAGCAAAAGCAUACGCAUGCGGUAAACUUCUGCUAACAACCCAGGCUAAACUUGGCUCCUCCCCAACAUACAAAGAUUUUAGUCUCUCAGUGGAGAUGCCCUCCUUGACCCCAAUUACUACUUUCCUAUUAUCCAGCAGCUUGGGCGCCAUCUUGCACCUUUUGUGAGUUUUUCAGCAAAUGGGAAAAAGUGACUUUGUAAAUAGCAAAUUUGCGGGUGUUCACUGUAUUGCCCCACUGAUUGGUUAGCAUUCAAUGCUAACUGCUAGCAGCGGGAUUUCACUGUAUUCCCGCCUGAAUGGUUAGCAUUCAAUGCUAACUGCGGCCUGCCUAAAUUUUUGAAUGGUAAGUUACAUUUUGAAAAGCAUCCGGAGAUGACUUUAGGUUUCUUUUUUUCUCUCUUAUUUUAUCAUCACCUCAUUUAUUUUUGUAUAUACAUCUAUAUAGUGUAUCCAUUUUGCCAACAUUUGGUGCAAAUCUGAUGUGGAAACAUUUGUCUGUGUUACUGUAAUAAACACUGGAAAACACUUGA